UCUCAGAGUCUCAGGAGACAGUCCGAUUGUAGCCUGCUGAAAAUUUGCCAAAAUCAGAUCCUUGGAAAAUGCUGCGAGUCAGAUGUCUGAGAGGUGGUAGCAGAGGGGCCGAGGCCGCCCAUCUGAUUGGAGCUAUGGUUGGCCGCGCCGUGACCGGUUGGGUGCAGAGGGCUUGCCAGAGCACUGCCAGCUCAGCCGCUGCUGCCGCUGCUCAACCCCGCGUGGCAGAGGAAGAACCUGUUACUGAACUCGCUCCCGAGGAGAGCCCGGUGUGCGCCUACAAUGAAUGGGACCCGUUGGAGGAAGUCAUUGUGGGCCGCGCUGAGAACGCACGCGUGCCCCCAUUUACUGUGGAGGUCAAGGCCAAUACCUAUGAGAAGUGGUGGCCAUUCUACCAGCAGUAUGGGGGUCAGUCUUUUCCUGCGGACCACUUGAAGAAAGCUGUUGCUGAAAUUGAGGAAAUGUGCAAUAUUCUUCGCCAUGAGGGUGUUACUGUCACAAGGCCUGAGCCCAUUGACUGGUCUUUUGAAUACAAGACACCAGACUUUGCUUCUUCUGGGAUGUAUGCAGCCAUGCCGAGAGAUAUCCUGAUAGUGAUUGGGAAUGAGAUUAUCGAGGCCCCCAUGGCAUGGAGGGCCCGCUUCUUUGAGUACCGGGCGUACAGGCCCCUCAUCAAGGACUACUUCCGCCGGGGGGCCAAGUGGACCACCGCUCCUAAGCCCACCAUGGCGGACGAGCUGUACGACCAGGACUACCCAAUCCGCACUGUAGAGGACAGGCAUAAGCUGGCAGCCGAGGGCAAGUUUGUGACCACGGAGCAUGAGCCGUGCUUCGAUGCCGCCGACUUCAUUCGGGCCGGGACUGAUAUUUUUGUGCAAAGGAGUCAGGUUACAAAUUACAUGGGCAUUGAGUGGAUGCGUAGGCACCUUGCUCCCACUUACAAGGUGCACAUCAUCUCAUUCAAAGACCCCAACCCCAUGCAUAUCGACGCCACCUUCAACAUCAUUGGCCCAGGCCUGGUGCUGUCCAACCCCGACCGCCCAUGUCGCCAGAUUGAGAUGUUCCAGAAGGCUGGUUGGACUGUGGUGAAGCCACCAACUCCUCUGAUUCCAGACGAUCACCCUCUGUGGAUGUCCUCCAAGUGGCUGUCCAUGAAUGUCCUCAUGCUGGAUGAGAAACGAGUCAUGGUCGACGCCAACGAGUCCACCAUCCACAAAAUGUUUGAGAGCCUUGGCAUCAAGCCCAUCAAGGUGAACAUCCGCCACGCCAACUCUCUCGGAGGUGGUUUCCACUGCUGGACAACUGACGUGCGUCGUCGUGGUACCCUGCAGUCUUAUUUCCACUAGCCGCGCCAGAAAUCAGCAGUUCUUAUUGAGCCUUAAAUGUUAUGUUUGAAGAAAGACAGAAAAAAAAUAAUCAAUAAUAAUGAGUUUGCUUGCUCAAACUUUAAGGCCUGAACUAUGUUGAUUCUCAUAAUGUAAAAAAAUAAACAGCUGUGUGUUGAAGCUUUCGCAAGCACUGAAAUUUACGUAAACAGCAACAAUCACAUUGUUGUCUCAAUAACUACUGCGUUUCUGGCCAGCUGUGGUUUAUAACACUUAUUGUACGCAUGGCUUCUGUCACCAGCGAGCAUGGGCAGGGUACAUUUCCAGCAUGACUACAAACUAUCAGGACAAAAACAAAAUGGGGGUUGUUGUCUACCUCCAUUGUGAAACCCAGCAAACAUUACUAAAUGUCUUAGAUUCUUCAGUUAACUUUUUUUUUUCCUUUUUGAAUUUUGUACCUUUUUUUCUAAAGUAUUAUUAAUAUGUUGUCGUAGCAGGUCAUAAAGAAAUUACACUGUGUAACCAUAGGUAUUUAAAGAAAAAAAAACGAGAAAACCACGCAAAUGUAAAUAUUUUCUACAAUGUUAUUUGGCAUAUUAUAUCCCCGAAAUGACUUUUGUUUUUAUACAAUAUGCAUCAUAAAUUUGUAUCAAAUAUAAUAGUAUACCUUUUGCCUCAGGGGCCAUCUGCAAUAAUGAGUUUGAGCCAGGUUUGGUCAAUAUCCCCAUGUGCUUUGCAGCAUACAUUGUGCAUAGGGAAUACUUCUAAUCGCAUGCGCUUAGUAGCAAUGUCUCAUUUAAUGUUGGAGGUCUCCCUUCAUAUUUUAGGUGAAGUGGAGAGCUCAUCCAUUUACUCAUAAUGGCUUUAGAUUGCUUUUUGGUGUUCUAAGCUUUGAAGUAAACAAUAAAACAAACAUUUGAAACAU